AUAAUGGCAUUACACCCACGCAGAGUUCGAUUGAAACCCUGGCUGGUAGCUCAGGUAGACAGUGGCAUGUACCCAGGCCUUAUAUGGCUUAACAGGGAAGCAAAGCGAUUUCAGAUCCCUUGGAAGCAUGCGACUCGGCACAGCCCUCAGCAUGAAGAAGAGAAUACCAUUUUUAAGGCUUGGGCUGUGGAAACAGGAAAAUACCAGGAAGGAGUUGAUGAUCCUGACCCCGCAAAAUGGAAAGCUCAGCUCCGGUGUGCUCUCAACAAAAGCCGAGAAUUUAACCUUAUGUACGAUGGCACCAAAGAGGUGCCAAUGAAUCCCAUUAAAAUUUAUGAAGUGUGUGAUAUACCACAAUCCCAGGGAGCAAUCAUUAAUCCAGGCUCCACUGGUUCAGCUCCAUGGGACGAGAAGGAUAAUGACCUUGAUGACGAAGAGGAGGAUGAUUUAAACCAAUCUCAGCAUGUACCCAUACAGGAUACCUUUCCAUUUCUUAAUAUUAAUGAUUCCCCAAUGGCACCAGCCAACGUGGAGGCCUGUAGCCCUGAAGCUGUAUGGCCAAAGAAUGAGCCUCUGGAUAUGGAGAUGCCACCACCAACUCUUCAGCAUGAGAUAUUCAGUUCUCCUGAGCUCUGGAUUAGCUCUCUUCCGAUGACAGACCUAGAAAUCAAGUUUGAGUAUCGAGGCAAAGAGUUUGGGCCGACGAUGACUGUGAGCAACCCCCAGGGCUGCAGACUUUUCUAUGGAGAACUGGGUCCUAUGCCCGACCAAGAAGAACUCUUUGGUCCUAUUAGUUUGGAACAAGUCAAGUUUCCAGGGCCAGAACAGAUCACAAAUGAAAAGCAAAAGCUCUUCACAAGUCGACUGCUUGACGUCAUGGACCGGGGUCUGAUCUUGGAGGUCAGCGGCCAUGCCAUUUAUGCCGUCAGGCUUUGCCAGUGCAAAGUCUAUUGGUCUGGACCAUGUGCACCUUCUUCCACAACACCAAACUUGAUUGAAAGACAAAAGAAAGUCAAACUCUUCUGUCUGGAAACGUUCCUGAGUGAACUGAUAGCGCACCAGAAAGGACAGAUUUCUAAACAACCUCCAUAUGAGAUCUACUUUUGUUUUGGAGAAGAAUGGCCAGAUGGAAAAUCAAGAGAGAGAAAGUUGAUUGUUGUUCAGGUAAUUCCAGUUGUAGCUCGGAUGAUCUAUGAGAUGUUCUCUGGUGAUUUCACCCGGUCCUUUGACAGUGGCAGUGUGCGUCUUCAGAUCUCUAUCCCUGAUAUCAAGGACAACAUUGUUGCUCAGCUGAAACAACUCUACCGUCUGUUGCAGAAUCAUCAGGAAGGUUGGCCAAUGCAGCCGCCAAACAUGCAGAUGCCUCCAACCCUCACAGCACAAUGAUAAUCAGGCUUUGCCUGAACAAGGAACUUCCUGAAUUGAUCAAUUGCAUGGAUACUGUGAUCCUGAUUAAGAAUAGAUUUAUUUGAAUUAAUUUUAAACUACCCUCAAGUGAGUUAAAUAGAA